AUGCCGAUACGUCUUAGAUUUCAGAUUUGCCCAACGUUGUGGGAUGUGUUGAUGGGUAUAUGUGAUAGUAAGAAACGAUUCAUCGACGUUUUCACAGGAGUUCCAGGAAAAAUUCACGAUUCGAGGGUAUUAAAGCUAUCCGACAUAGGUCAAGAAUUGCCGGAACUGUUAGGAAGAUCAUACCAUUUACUCGGCGAUGGCGCCUACUCUAUCCGAGAGUGGUUGUUGAUUCCUUUCAAGAAUUACGGUACUUUGACAGCUGCCGAACGAGAAUAUAAUAACCGAUUUUGUGCAACACGAGUUUUAAUUGAAAACACAUUCGGUCUGCUGAAAAGACGAUGGAGACAACUGCUAGAAAUCGACAUGCACAAAGUAGAAAAAAUCUCCAAAUUCAUCAUUAGCGGCUGCGUGCUUCAUAAUUUAUGUAUCGACAACGAGGAUAUCUACAUAUAUGAUGAAGCAUAUGAGGAGAUGAACGACGUAGAACUUGCAGAAGUCGUAGAAAUAAACGAGGAAGAAUUGAAAAGAUUAGGCGAAGAAAGAAGAAACGCAAUUAAAGAUAGCUUUCUCUUUAAUGAAGACGAGAAUAACUAA